AUGGUGCGACAGAACUCGAGGCUAUUGGUGGUCUGCGGCCCGUCGGGCUCCGGCAAGUCGACGCUGCUGCGCAAGCUGUUCGACGAAUAUCCCGACAAGUUUGGUUUCUCUGUGUCGCACACCACCCGAUCGCCGAGGCGUUUCGAGGUGGAUGGCCAACACUAUCACUUCACCACAAAGGACCAAAUGCAAGCGGCCAUCGAUCGAGGAGAAUUCCUCGAGCACGCCAUCUUCUCCAAUAACAUGUAUGGUACCAGCCUUAAAGCUGUACAAAAUGUUCAAAAGUCUGGCAAGAUUUGUGUUCUUGAUAUCGACAUGCAAGGAGUCAUUCAAAUCAAAAAAGUGGCUAAUCUGAAACCGGUCGGUGUGUUUGUUAAACCUCCCAGUAUUGGUGAACUUGAAAUACGAUUGCGCAGACGGAAUUCUGAGUCUGAGGAUAAUCUACGCGCUAGAUUGAAUGUCGCACAACAGGAAAUUAACUAUGGAGAAACGCCUGGAAACUUUGAUUGUAUUAUAAUAAACGAGUCCUUAGAUAAAGCAUACAAUGUGUUCAAAGAAUUUGUUUUAAAGUCCUUUGAAAUUGUUGAAAAUUAA